AUAAACAUGGCUGCCACACAGUUGUAAUAGAGCUCAGUGAAUGAACGCUGGUUCUUUUUUUUUGUGACUGCGUUAAAUUUCUUACGCCAGUUCGUGUUUUGCCAUAGCCAAUAGUAUCGGUUUCUCCAAGACAAAGGGAGGCGAAUGAUGGAGUGCUCAGCAGAAGAGGAGGACACGGCCGGUGUUGUCGACAUGACCACAAGUGAAAAGGUGGUGGACCUGUUGAAUCAGGCUGCUCUGAUAUCCACAGAUGAAAAACUCACUUUGCUCAAACAGGUCCAGGAACUCAUAAUCAACAAGGACCCCUCACUACUAGAUAACUUCCUGGAUGAAAUGAUUGCUUUUCAGACUGACAAGUCUAUCGAAGUGAGAAAGUGCAUCAUAGGAUUCAUCGAAGAAGCAUGUAAAAGGGACAAUGAGCUUCUCAUCCGACUCAUUGCGAACCUCAACAUGUUACUGAAAGAUGAGAGCGUGAAUGUGGUGAAAAAAGCCAUCCUCACACUUACCCAGCUGUACAAAGUUACCCUGCAGUGGCUUGUGCACUCUAAGUCGGUGUCAGAAAUGCAGGAGGCAUGCUGGGAUUUAGUAACGCAAAUGAAAGGCGAUGUUCUGGCCCUGCUGGAUUCUGAAAAUGACGGCGUACGCACUCAUGCCAUCAAGUUCACUGAAUCGUUGAUUAUCACGCUGUCGCCGCGGACACCUGAUUCCGACGUCCCUAAACGACAGGAGGGGGACAUCCGCCUGGACAAAGUCCCCAGAGAUCACUCGUACAUUCGUUACGAUGUCCUGUGUGAGGAGGGCAAGUCUGCACUGGAGAAGCUGCUCAACUUUAUGGUCCACCCAGCUAUUUCCAGCAUCAACCUCACCACAGCAUUAGGUUCACUGGCCACUAUUGCACGUCAGAGGCCAAUGUUUAUGUCCAAGGUCGUACAGGCGUACGAGACGCUGCAUGCAAACCUGCCGCCCACUUUGGCCAAGUCCCAGGUCAGCAGCGUAAGAAAGAACCUAAAACUCCACCUGGUGGCCGUCCUCAAACAUCCCUGCAGCCUGGAGUUCCAGGGUCAAAUCAGCACCCUGCUCCUGGACCUUGGAAUGCCUCAGAGUGAAAUAAACCGCUCCACACCGCCGGUGCGUGAGCAGCGAAAACGAACUCGCCACGAGCAAUACACCGAGGGGAAAAAGGUCAAGAUGGAACCCGCCUUGAUGGAAGACGAUGAGGACAAAGAGGAACCCAUGCCCCUUGCAGCCCCGAAGCCCGCCGUUGUACCGGUCGCACAGUCAGCUAUUGACUUGACAGCAGAAUUCCUGCGUCCACUGCUGACCUCGGAGAACGUAGCUAACCUGGUUCUUAUUAGCAUGGUCUACCUGCCUGAUGCCAUGCCGGCGUCCUUCCAGGCCACAUACACACCCGUGGAGUCGGCAGGAACUGAUGCCCAGAUAAAACAUCUGGCCAGGCUGAUGGCCACACAGAUGACUGCAGCUGGAAUCGGUCCAGGACUGGAGCAGUGCAAGGCCCGAGAGGACGAAGCCAUCAAAGAAGAAGACUCCGUAGACGAGCACGGAAGCAAAGACCUGCUCAUCAAACGCAAACUCCCAGCUGCGAUGAUUGGACAAGCCAUCUCUGUGGUGGGGGGUUACACUGAAAAGGCACCGACCGCGGGGGUCCCCGCCACAGCCAAGAGGCUUCCUGAACCCAUCCUGCCUUCUGCACAGACAAAGAUGUCCGGGGCGAGCGGGAGGAAAAAAGUCUUCAGGUUGUCCGACGUGGUUCAGCCAUUAUCAGACGGUCAGAUCGAGAAGUUGUCCCUCAAGGCUGUCAAACGCAUCCUGCACUCUGAGAAGGCCAUCUCUCAGAGUGGAAUGUCCCACGUUCGAGUGAAACUGCUCUCCAGACUCGUGACACAGUUUCACGGAGUGAUGAAGGAAGACGUCCUGGAAUUUAUCCUGGAGGACAUCAGGACCAGGAGUGACCUGGCAUUUUCCCUCCUGUACCAGGAGUACAACAAGUACCUGAGCCAGCUGCCGUCAGGAGUGCUGGAGAGCUACGACCACUGUCUCUACACGCUGCUGUCAGGCCUGCAGGAGAAACCAGAGCAGAGAGACGGUCUUUUCACCAAACUGGUCCUGGAGGCUCCCGUCAUCACAGAGUCGGCGUUGGAAGUGAUAAGACGCUACUGUGAGGACGAGUCCCGGGUGUAUCUGGGCAUGACCACCCUGAAGGAGCUCAUCGUCAAACGGCCGUCCAGGCAGUUCCAGUACCUGCACGUUCUGCUGGACCUCAGCUCACAUGAAAAAGAGAAGGUGCGGACCACCGCUCUGGCUUUUUUAAAGCGCAUGUACGAGAAAGAUCAUCUCAGAGACUACGUAGAGAAGUUCGCCCUCAACUACCUGCAGCUCCUGGUCCACCCCAACCCCCCCUCUCUGCUGUUUGGGGCCGACAAAGACACAGAAGUGGCCGCUCCCUGGACGGAGGAGACGGUGAGACAGUGUCUCUUCCUCUACCUGUCUCUUCUUCCUCUCAACCACCGUCUGGUCCAUGAACUGGCGUCCGUCUACACCGAGGCCAUCGCUGACAUAAAGCGCAGUGUUCUCCGAGCCAUAGAGCAGCCCAUUCGUGGGAUGGGAAUGAACUCUCCGGAACUCCUGCUUUUGGUGGAGAACUGUCCGAAAGGAGCAGAAACUUUGGUGACGCGCUGUCUCCACAUUUUGACAGAUAAAGUUCCUCCGUCUCCAGAGCUGGUGGAGAGAGUGAGAGACCUUUACCACAAACGGGUUCCAGAUGUCCGCUUCCUCAUCCCUGUCAUCAACGGUCUGGAGAAGAACGAAGUCAUCCAGGCUCUGCCCAAGCUCAUCAAACUCAACCCCAUCGUAGUGAAGGAGGUUUUCAACCGACUGUUAGGGACUCAACACAGCGAGGGAAGUUCCUCCGUGUCUCCUCUGACUCCAGGAGACCUCCUCAUUGCGUUACACAACAUCGACUCGACCAAAUGCGACAUGAAGUCCAUCAUCAAAGCCACCAAUCUGUGCUUUGGGGAAAGGAAUGUUUACACGUCCGAGGUGUUGGCUGUGGUGAUGCAGCAGCUCAUGGACCACAGCCCCCUCCCCAUGCUGCUGAUGCGCACGGUGAUCCAGUCCCUCACCAUGUAUCCCAGACUGGGGGGAUUCGUCAUGAACAUCCUGUCUCGUCUCAUAGUGAAGCAGGUUUGGAAGUACCCAAAGGUUUGGGAAGGAUUUGUGAAGUGCUGCCAAAGGACCAAGCCUCAGUCCUACAGCGUUCUCCUCCAGCUGCCCCCCGCCCAGCUGAACAGUGUGUUUGAACGUUGCCCAGAGAUGAGAGAACCUCUUCUACAGCACGUCCUCUCCUUCACCCCCCUGCAGCAAGCUCACAUUCCUGCAUCCAUCAUGGUCGUCCUGGAGUCUCAAAGGAAGUUACAGGUGAAGCCAGCAGAGCCUGAGGUGGAGAAGCAGAUGGAACCAGUGGCUGCUCCAGCCGCCCCUGUGUUUGAGACCACCUCACUUCCUGCUGCAGUCCUAACAUCUGAAAUGUCUGAGACGUCUGAGCAGCAGGACACAGUUGUCCCAAAAGAGGAAGAAGAACCGAUGGAACAAGAACAAGUGGCUCCGGAGACGCAGGAGGAAGAGGCUCACAGCGUGUCCCAGGGCGAGUCUGCAGUCAGGAGUGAGACGCCGUCCCCUCAGCCAGAACCAGCUGAAGAACCGAUGGAGGGGUUACAGUCAGAACCCCUCCACCCAGACGAUCAGCAGCCAGAACAAGAACCUGAAGCUGAACAGGCAGCAGCUGAGGCUGCAGGUGACAGCGAGGAUGUAGAAUAACUGUUGAACACACACACACACGGUGAUUAAGACAUAAACUCUGGAUUUACUGUAAAAGUUUUUCUUUUGUAUUUUUGCUACACUCAGUUCUUUGGAGAACCCUGUGUUUGGAAACGUUCAUUUGUCUUUGUGUUAAAUAAAUAAACACAGCUCUGCUCAUUUGUUUUAUUA